AAUGCUUACGCGCUGGACUACAACGAAACCAUAAUCGCUAUUAAUGCCGACAAAAUGGUGAACUUGGGCUUUCGAGACUUGGGCUACAACGCGGUUAUCUUUGACGAUGCCAUGGCCGAACGCACCUGGAGUGAGAAUGGCUCACUCAUAGAGAACGCUGGUAAAUUUCCCUAAGGCCUCUCUACAAUUGUCAAGACACUCCAUCGCGAUGGACUUUUCUUUGGUGUGUACAGCUCUGCCGGUCGCUUUACUUGCGGCGGAUAUCCGGGCAGUUUGGGAUACGAUACAAUCGAUGCCCAAUGGUGGAGUAGCCUGGGGGCUGACUAUCUCAAAUAUGAUAAUUGCUAUAAUGAGGGAUUAUCUGGAACACCGAAGCUGAGCCAGGAUCGCUACGCUGCCAUGUCGAAUGCAUUGAACUCGACGGGCCGCCAGAUCACAUACAGUCUGUGCAACUGGGACGACGACAAGCCGUGGGAGUGGGCAUCAACGAUCUCGAACUCAGCAAGGAUGAGCGGAGAUAUUACCGAUUCCUUCGACAUGCCUACCACCAGUUGCCCAUGUGGUCCCGCUGAGUAUUAUUGCCAGCUUCCAGGAUAUGGCUGCAGUACUUUCAACAUCUUGGGCAAGGCUAGCCACGUCAUAAGUAAAAAUCAGCCAGGGUAUUGGAAUGACCUGGACAUGCUGGAGGUUGGAAAUGGAGACUUGGAUUACGAAGAGUAUAAACUGCAUUUUAGCAUGUGGGCAGCAAUCAAGAGUCCGUUGAUCUUGGGCAACAAGCUCGACCAGUUGAGCCCCGAAGAUUAUGCCAUCCUGAUCAAUCCCGCUGUCCUUGCAAUCAGCCAGGAUCCAAGUGGAAGUGCGAUCUCGCGGAAACUCGUGAAGCAAGUGGAUGACAAGGACGAACACGGGUUCGGCGAAGUUCAGGUCUGGUCCGGUGGACUAAACAACGGUGAUCAAGUCGUGGCAUUUCUGAAUAUCACAGAUACCUCCAGGACGAUGACCUUCUCACCGGUGGCCGUCUUCGGCGGUAGCAAGACCAACGAGGACGCACAGCAGAGCUGGGAUUUGUUCGAUGUUUGGGGAAACGAGAUCGUCAUGAGCAACAAUAUCGCCAGUCAGGUUCUCAAUGGAACUCUUGCCGUUGGCCAC